CUUUUAGCUAGCACAAGGAACCCGAAAACGCAACCAUGAUGCACAUGACUUUCUACUGGGGAAACAAUGUCACACUACUUGUCGAUUUAUGGAAAACUGAUUCAUGGUUCGCUUACUUUGUCACUUUAGUUGUUUGUUUUAUUGCCUCGGUUUUCUAUCAGUUCAUGGAAGAUCAGCGUCUGCAAUUCAAGCUACUUUCCUCCAAAACUGCAGUCGAGAAUGCUCCUCUCCUUCAUACCAAGUUCGGCUCCAGUGGAAGACAAGCCAGGUUCAUAGGAUCAUUACUUUUCGGGAUAAACUCUGCGAUGAAUUACCUUAUGAUGCUUGCAAUAAUGUCGUUUAAUGGUGGUGUAUUUAUGGCAAUCGUGGUUGGACUGGCUGUUGGAUACUGGUUGUUUAGGAGUGCAGAUGAUGAACAAAUUAUGCUUGUCGAUGAUUCUUGUGCUUGUUGUUGAUCUUUGCUCUUCAUCUAUGUUUGAUGUGACGUAUGGAAUGAGAUCUCUUCUUUUUGACAAAAAAACCAAAAAUAGGAUUACUAAUAGGACACACACACACAGUGGGACUGUAUGUGUAUAUUUGUACGUGUUUGAGUUUGUAUUUAUGUGGCUGUGUACAUUGUUUGUUCGGUUCCUAUGUAUGUUUGUUGCUGCUCA